AUGUCCGGGUUCGAUGCGGAUCGUGUGUAUUCAGUCUCCGUGCAUGAUGUACCGGAGCCGACUGGUCCUGAAUCACCUUCUCAAACCGAAAGGCUACUGCUCGACUUCUUGCUCCAGUAUCGCGUUGGAGGCGAAUUCAUCUACAGGGAGAAGUUACGCGCGAAUCUUCUUCUAAAGCAUUAUCAGUUGGAGGUCGAUCUCCGCCACAUUGGGCUGUACAACGAUGAACUGGCUCAUGCCAUCCAGGAUAAACCCGCCGAGAUUCUACCUUUAUUUGAGAAUGCUGCAACAAGAGCAGCUCGUACCAUCCUUUUCCCUCUUGCUAAUGGCCAAAACGACGAUGCCGACUCUGCUUCUCAGACCAUCCCGAACAUUCAGAUCCUUAUGAAAGCUGGUCUGAAUCUUCAGCAAUUCCGUGACCUCUCAGCGAAUACCAUGAAUAGGCUCGUUCGAAUACCGGGCAUCGUCAUCUCGGCUUCUGUCCUCUCUGCGCGCGCAACGAAGCUUCACCUCCAAUGCCGUGCAUGUCGCUCGCCCAAAAUCGUAUACCCGCCAAGUGGACUAGGCGGACUGGGUGGUGGAUCGGAUAGGGGUUUGCCUCGGAGGUGUGAUGCGCCAGAAAUUGAGAACCAAAAGAAAGACUGUCCUAUGGAUCCUUACCUCAUCGUUCACUCCAAGUCGACAUUCUCAGAUCAUCAGACGCUAAAACUUCAGGAGGCACCAGAUAUGGUACCAGUGGGAGAGCUACCGAGACACAUGUUGCUCUCAGCAGACAGGUAUUUGACCGGUCAAGUUGUUCCAGGGUCUCGAGUAAUUGCGACGGGCAUUUACUCCACCUUCCAAUCUGCCAAAUCAAAGUCGGGAGGUGCUGCAGCGCUGCGAAAUCCCUACCUUCGUCUUGUGCACCUGGAAGUGUCAUCUCCAGCUGCGUCGGGAUCGAGCGGCUCAAAUCCGUUCGGCCUACAAUUUUCUCCUGAGGAAGAGGAGGAAUUCGGCGAUAUGGCAAGAAGCGAUGGCUUCUAUGAACGUUUCGCGAAAAGUGUUGCCCCUAGUAUUUUUGGGAGUCUAGACAUUAAGAAGGCGAUAACUUGUCUCUUGUUUGGCGGGUCAAAGAAGAUUUUACCAGAUGGGAUGCGGUUGCGUGGGGACAUCAAUGUGCUCCUACUUGGAGAUCCUGGUACUGCCAAAAGUCAGUUGCUGAAGUUCGUUGAGAAGGUUGCACCAAUCGCAGUGUAUACCUCAGGCAAAGGUUCCAGUGCGGCUGGUUUGACAGCAUCUGUUCAGCGCGAUGCAGUAUCGCGCGAAUUCUAUCUUGAAGGCGGUGCUAUGGUCCUUGCAGAUACAGGAGUUGUGUGUAUCGACGAGUUCGACAAGAUGCGUGAUGAGGACCGUGUGGCCAUUCACGAGGCAAUGGAGCAACAAACUAUUUCCAUAGCUAAGGCUGGUAUCACGACCGUGUUGAACUCUCGAACAAGUGUUCUCGCCGCAGCCAACCCCGUGUGGGGGCGAUAUGACGAAGGCCGUAGUCCUGGCGAGAACAUUGAUUUCCAGACGACUAUUUUGUCUCGAUUCGACAUGAUAUUCAUCGUGAAGGACGAGCAUAACGAGCAACGUGACCGAAUGAUUGCGAAACAUGUUAUGAACAUUCACAUGAACCGACCCAAUCAAAACGCUGACGAGAACGGAGAGGCGGUGGGCGAGAUUGACAUUGACAAGAUGAAGCGGUACAUCGCUUAUUGCAAGGCGAAAUGCGCUCCGCGGCUAUCACCAGAGGCCCAGGAGAUGCUGAGCAGUCACUUUGUUUCAUUACGGAAACAGGUGCAACAGGUCGAGCGAGACAACGAUGAGAGAAGCUCCAUCCCCAUCACUAUUCGGCAACUAGAGGCCAUCAUUCGUAUUUCCGAGUCGCUUGCAAAGCUCACGCUCUCGCCAGUCGUGCGUAACCACCAUGUCGAAGAGGCCAUCCGGCUAUUCAAGUGCUCGACCAUGGAUGCAGUCUCCGCCGGAUCUGCUGACGGCCUUUCUCGCGGUGAAUUGAACGACGAGAUAAACAAGAUUGAAAAGGAGGUUCGACGGAGACUCCCCAUAGGAUGGAGCACGAGUUAUCAAAGUCUGGUGCGAGAGUUUGUUACGCAACAGGGAUAUUCGAGCCACGCUUUAGAGCGAACCUUGUUCGUUCUGGAGAAGAGGGAGAUCAUCAGGUUCUCCGGACAGAAUAAGGUUGUGCACCGUGUUGGCGUUUGA